AUGACCCGCCCCGUCGACCAGAACGGCCGCAAACUGGCUCCUACGACACUGCAAGCAGUCCUCAAUCGCGUUGAAGUCGGAGUCAACGAUACUCAAAUAUAUUACCAGACUGGUGUUAAUCCUAAGUGUACGCGUAAAAAGCGACGUAACUUGGAGGCAUGGGGUCAGCCGUACGCGCCGACCUGUGUGAAGAUCGGACGACCGAGCACGCUUCGAGACAUCCACAGGCGCCGCCUGCGCGAGUAUCUUGAAGGCAGACCGCACGCAUACCUAGAGGAGAUAAAGGACUGGUUAUACGACGAGUUUGACAUACCCGUGAGCAUCAAGUUGGUGUAUCGCGAGCUCAAGAAGAUGAAAUGGAGCCGCAAAGUUGCGACCAAAAGAGCGAGCGAGCAGUCUGACGCGUUGCGCAGAGUUUUCAGAGCAAGGGUGCAGUUGAACUACACCGCUGAGCAGAUUGUCGCGAUUGAUGAGAGUGCUUGCAAUGAGCGUACUGGCGAUCGCAAGUAUGGUUGGAGUCCUGUUGGUCGCUCUGUUGAACUGGAGUACUCCAUGAAACGGUCAGAGCGAUGGAGUCUGCUGCCGGCAAUGACAGUGGAUGGUUACCUUGCGCACCGCGUCUUUCAAGGCGCUAUUACUGCUGAAAUCAUGGAGGAGUUCUUGCAAAAAGAUGUGCUGCCGCUCUUGCAACCUGGGUAUCACGUACUGUUGAUGGACAACGCGUCCAUCCACCGCUCUCCGACAAUUAUCCAGCUUUGCAGAGACUUUGGCAUACAUCUAGAGUACCUGCCGCCAUACUCUCCUGACUACAACCCCACCGAGCGGAGCUUUAAGGUGUUAAAAAGUUGGAUUAAAAGACACCUUGAUGAGCAGGCUGAGUGGAACAACUUUAGUUACUUUCUAGAGUACGCUGUACAGAGCGCGUGUUACAAGACUGACUGUAGAGAGUGGUACAAGAAGUGCGGGUUGCCUGAUGUUAAUGAUUAUGAUGUCUAA